AUGGCAUUUGAAUCUCAUAAUGCUCAAUCUAUUCUUACGAACCAGGUACCAGAAGAGGUGAUAGUUCACGGGGAUCUCAACAGUGGUACUUACAAUGAGGCCUCAGACCCAUUCUUCAGUUUAGAAGGACGAUUUGAUGACAUUCUGAUGGGAAAUUUUCUCAACGACAUUGUUAAUGCCGAAUACUCUGACCACGAUUUCCCUAAUAAUGGCACGGAAAUGUUUCCAGAUGUCUUGCACGUUGGUUUUGGCGAAUAUGAACCGUAUCCUGGUUCAAUAUUCGGAUAUAUGCCUGUACCUGCUACCACUGCUCUACAACCGAGUGCAACAGGGAAUCCGAAUCGCUUCACUGGAACACAUAGCGGGAUUGAAACACCAGCAGUACGCAAGGAAGUUCACGCUGGUGAGCAAGCUUUCAGAGAAUCUAUGUGGCUUUGGGAUCCUUCCAUGGAGGAUAGCAGCUUGUCGGACCAAAUACACCUGACUUUGCCUGGAAAUGAGUCUAUCGAAGAUCACCAAACCCGACGGACAGAUUCAGAAUCUCAGAUAUCUGCAGUGAGCCGCGACAAACUCCUCUUAAUGAUCAUAGGGACCUGCGAAACCCGAGUCCAACGUCAAGUAGUUGCAUCUUUUCCGUCAACACACUUUCUCUCUUCGCUACUUGUCGAUUUCAAGAUUCGACACCAUCAUCAAAUCUCGCCCUGGAUUCACUUCGCCUCGAUUGAUCUAGAGAAUGAAUGCGAGGAAUUUGUGGCAGCCUUAAUCUGUGCUGGUGCUGUUGACUCGAAGAGACCCAAGGUUCGCAGACUUGGUAUGGCACUGCAGGAAGCAGCUCGACUCGCGAUAUCGAAGAGAUUCGAGGGCGAUAACAGAAUGCUUCGAGACUUACGUACAAUGCAGGCGUUUCUCCUUGUGCUCAACGUAGGUCUCAACAGCGGAUCUCGCCGAAAAGUUGAGAUCGCGGAAAGCUAUACGUUGAAUCUAAUUACCAUGCUUCGAAGAGGAGGUCGGUUUCGGGAUAAAUGGAAAGGUCGCCCCGAGUCAAAUGAUGAAGACGAGAGUCAAGACCUCGUGGUUCGAUGGAAGAGAUGGGUGGAGGAAGAGUCCUUCAAAAGGCUCGUCUACCACGUACUUUUUCAGGAUGUACAAACAUCUGCAGCGCUAUACCGUCAACCACUCACUUCAUACUCGGAAAUCAACUUGCCCAUGCCAUGUGCUUCUCAACUCUGGCAAGCAAAGUCGGCUGAGGCGUGGUGGCAAGAGGUAUUGAAAAGGCAGCAUGGCCCACCCAAUCCCCCAGUUACUCUUCCAGAUUUCCUGCAGAAUCCCGGAUUGUUAGAUCUCCACAAAAUAAAGAUCGACCUCCAGAUGAGCUUGAGGAUCAUGGUUGCCAACUUCUGGCUGCGAGUAUGGCAGUCAAUCCAGAUGAGGCCAUUCUCCACUCCUGGCGACCCGACCUCACGCCUUGCGACUAUCAAUCUACCUCACCAACAGCUUGUGACAGCCGCUGAGGAUUUGACUGUCAGGUUCUCACAAGGUUCAGUUUCGAUGCAUCCGUCGGUAAAAUUGAUGUUGGAGAUUGGGUGGAUGCAUCUCCACGUCUCGCUCGAGGACAUUCAACAGCUCGCAGGAAACGAGGGUGAGGAAAGGGCUCGUAAAGCCGCCUCACGCCUUCGGACAUGGAUCACGCUUCCCGAAGCUCGCCAUGCCCUGUUUCAUGCCGGCCAAGUCGCCAGAGCGGCAGCCGAGUGCCCACCAAGCUAUCUGCGCGGUGUUCACGCCGUCAUGGUCUACCAUGCAAGCCUGACCAUGUGGGCCUAUGCCCUUUUAGCCACCAGACAGAGUACCUCGCAGGCCGUGUACCGUACGCACAUUCAUGAUUUCGACGAUGAGCAACCGAUUGUCUGGCUUGACGGAGAGGAGACUCCCGAAUUGAGACGCUUUGUUCUUCUUGGGAAUGGCACUCCUUGCAUACGAAACUAUUCCGGCGGCAUUUCCCAGGGGAGAAGCAAUGAGAUCACCGCGGUACCGCUCACAGAUGCAGCAAACGUCAUGACGAGUAUCGCCGGCCUAUUGUCGAGCCGCAAUGAAAGCGAGCAGUACUGCAUCCCUAUCGCGAGUUAUUUGGGCGGGUUGAUGGAUACCCUGGCCAAAGCCUCUGCGGCGAUGAAACUUUCACGGUAG